GUGCACCUUACAUGCAACUCCCCUCCAGAGUCCAGACUUAGCCAACGUGAUGUGGAGCCAUGUGAUUGGCCAAUGGAGGCUGUGUGGUAGUUGGAAUGAGGCGGGGUCACUGUCAGAGCAUGACACAAUCAGUAGUUCAUCUUUCUAAGUGGUGGAGUUAUGUACCAACCAGUCAUGUGAGUAGGGAACAGGGAGAAUGGACUGGGCAACAGGAAGCCCCCUUUUCUGCUGAUCUGCACUCAGUAAUCUCUCAUGUGAUUACUAUCACCUAUGUAACUAUUUUACCCAUGUACUGAGCUGAAGGAUGUAAAGACAGGGAGAGGAGAACAUGGGGCACAGGGACAAUUAGGCUGAAAGCAACCAGAAGUCUUUAUUAGAAGUCACGUGAAGAUGAGAAGCGCUACUGAUUCGCUGAAGAUGGACAGGAGAAACAUGACUGAGAGGAUAUUAAAUCUUACCCUGGAGAUCAUCUACCUGCUAACUGGGGAGGAUUACACAGUAGUGAAGAAGACAUCCAAUGAGAGUGAGACACCCAGUACUCAACCCCAUGUGUCAGAAAGAUUGGACAGGAACCAGAGACCCAUCAUGGUGCCUCCACCUCACUCACUGAUACAUGAGAGAGACAAUGAGCAGAAGAUCCUGGAACUCACCAACAAGAUUAUUCAGCUGCUGACUGGAGAGGAGGGGAAUUACAUAGAGGAACACAAGGAUCUGUACAAGGACUUGAUAGAGAAUCACCAGCCCCUCACACCACUGGAUGGACCCAGUAACAGAGAUUCCCCAGAGAGAUGUCCCCGUCCUCUUUAUUCCCAAGACUGUACAGAGGAGAAUCACAGGACCCCACAGGAGGAUCAGGGUGAAGACCGAACUGAUGUUAAGGUAGAAGAUAUUGAGGGAAAAGAAGAAGAGUAUGUGAGGGGUGACCAGCAGUAUAAGGAGGAGGAAAUCCCUACAGAUAUCAGCACAGAUAAAAUCGGGAAUACCUCAGAGGAACAUCUCAUCUUCUCUCCAAAUGAUGAAAUGAAAGCUGAUGACCCCACACAACAUGCUCAAGGAGAAAACAUUAUUAACCCGAUUAUACAUCCAGUACAUCACAGUGUGGAUACUUUUUCUGAUCUUGAAUAUCAAGAGGGAAAUUCUCUUUAUAAAUCAGAUAUCAGUACCUCUGUUACAGCUCUUGGAGUAGAUAAAGUAUUUCCCUGUUCUGUAGAUCUCAAAUAUUUUACAAAGAACGCAAAGCAUGUUACCCAAACAGCUAAGACUGGUCAGAAGAAGUCUUUUCUAUGUACUUAUUGUGGAAAAUGUUUUAGAUUCAAAUCGUCUCUUGUUAAACAUGAGAGAAGUCACACAGGGGAAAAGCCAUUUUCCUGCUCCGAGUGUGGGAGAUGUUUUACACAGAAAUCACAUUUUGUUACACAUCAGAGACUUCACACGGGUGAAAAACCAUUAUCAUGUUCUGAGUGUGGGAAAUGUUUUACACGUAAGUCACAUCUUCUUGUACAUCAGAGAAGUCACACAGGUGAGCAAACAUUUUCAUGUUCUGAGUGUGGGAAGUAUUUUAUUCAUAAUUCAUCUCUUGCUAGACAUCAGAGAAGUCACACAGGUGAGAAGCCAUUUUCCUGCUCUGAGUGUGGGAAAUGUUUUACACAUAAAGCACAUCUUAUUAGACAUGACAGAACUCACACAGGUGAGAAACCUUUUUCAUGUUCUAAGUGUGGGAUAAGCUAUACACGGAAAACAGCUCUUAAUACACAUCUGAAAAUCUGCACAGGAGAAAAGCAAUUUCCAUGAUCUGAUGGAGUUUUGACAGUGUUCAUAAUGGUGAACGCAUGGUCAGAGUGGAGUUACCUGUGCAGACCCUGAAACACACCCCCUAUACCUAAGUGACUAAGCUAUCAUUUCUAUAUAAUGCUUUGGGCCUUGCAAACCUUUUCUGACCUCUGGAUUUAUAUGGGGGACUUUUUGGUCUGGACUUACUCUGCCUAAUAACUAUGGAUUAGGCAUGUCAAGUCCAGACCACUAGCCAGAUAUACAGGUUUUCAUGUCUUUAGACGAGAAAGGAGUCUGAGGUCAAUAACCGUAAUCAAUGAGGUUUGUAAGGUUCAGAGCAGUAUCUAGAAAUGGAGCUUAAUUACCUAGUACUAGUCAAGUCCCUCCUUUAUAGGUAUAGGGUUGUGUUUCAGGGUCUGUACAGGUAACUCCACUCUGCACAUACAUUCGCCGUAAAUUUUGCUUUUCCAUUCAUAUUCCUGGACAAGAAUGUUAAACACACAGUAUCCAUAACCCCUGGGCAACUUCUUAAAGGAACAUUGUGGUACUGUGCCAGUCAUAUAACACAUUGUGACACUACACUACUCCUUUCCAAGCAAACUCCAGGUGCUCUAGGUUAGCUAGGGUGUUUUCUAGGAAAACACUGUAGCGUACCAUUUCGUAUGCAGAUACAGUCAAGGUCGCACACAGAAUAUAGGAAUGUUGAAUAUCAUAUUAAUCUGCAAAAGCUGAUGGGAAUAAGAUGCAUUUUCGGCAAAAAAAAAAAAAGACGUCUGGCGCUAACGGAUUUGCACGGGACCUGUCAGCUAACUCAUGCCAGGCAUCUCCCGCUGUGUAGCGUAUUGAGACCAGAUGUAUGAGGACAAAUCUGUAGAUAAAACAUCAAAUGGUUUGACUAUAAAGACGUCCAGCCUGAAUCUCAAAUACUGCGGAUGGUGUUUAUUCAUAAAUUGCAGGAGAGAAGAAUUGUUCCCCACUCUUACUGAUGCGUUUCACAACAGGCGUAUAGUUAUCAAAUUGAGAACAUGAAAAAGACUUUGUUAAGCUGCUUGUGCAUCCUAUUUGCGAAUAAGACACAUUUUAAUCGAAAAAGUCGCAGGAAAAGUGCUUGGCGCUACCAAGUUUAGAAAGGCUGUUUAAUGCGCAGGGAGGCCAGAUGUAAAGUGGAAACAUCUGUACUGUCCCAUAUUCAGCACAGUCGUCUAGGAGGGACUAGAUCGGAAUGAAGUUCUGGUAUAUGUAUGUGGGAUUUUUAAACUGCAGAUUUUUUUAAAGUUUGUAAAUUGAGCCAUGAAUAAAUGUUAACAAAACUUUAAAAUAGAA